GAGGCGCUGGUCCUCCAACUUGUCUGUCAGUCUCAAAGCAGGGACGACCAAUGACGACCCAGCAGGGAAGUAUGAGCAGCAUUGACCUGGUUGUCAUCUGUCCAGUGUUUGGUCUUUUUAAAAUCGGGGUGAUCUUUAUGACUGCAGAGAGACACCAUGUUCCCAGCCAAGCUAGCUUUGAGCACUCUGAAAAGGAUCCACCAUGGAGCUUGUUAUCGAUGUCUUUCUACCUGCUUCGUCCAGAAGGAACGGAUAAAGGCUGGAGAUGGGCCCCACUCAGACUCCCGUGUGUGGAAGAGAAAGCCUAAGAACCAAUCUGCAAUCUGGUCAUCAAUAAGACUUCUUGAAACACAGCAAAACGGGAGAAGACCGUUCAGUUUAUCAGCUGCUACUAUAGUAAAUUCAGCACCAGUACACGUCCAACCGUACCUCCGGCUGAUGAGGCUGGACAAACCUAUAGGGACAUGGCUGCUGUACCUCCCCUGCACAUGGAGCAUUGCUCUGGCUGCUAACCCUGGAUGCUUCCCAGAUCUGGGCAUGCUCACACUGUUUGGUACAGGUGCUCUUCUCAUGAGAGACGGCUGCACCAUCAAUGACAUGUGGGACAAAGACUUUGACAAAAAAGUGUCCCGCACAGCCUCUCGACCAAUCGCAUCAGGAGAGAUUUCUCAAAUGCAGGCGCUGGUCUUCCUGGGAGGGCAGCUCUCGCUUGCACUUGGGGUUCUUUUGUGUCUCAACUAUUACAGUAUAGCUCUGGGUGCUGCUUCUUUAUCUCUUGUUAUCACCUACCCGCUGAUGGAGAGGUUCACUUACUGGCCACAGUUUGUGUUGGGUAUGUGCUGUGCAAAGUUAUCUUGUAGUGUUCUUUGUCUAAAGUUAAUAUUUUACAGAUUACCAGAGCUAUAGCUGUUCUCUCCUCUCACUUUACAACCGCUU